UGCAUUUCCCUUUUGGCAAGACAGAAGUGAAAGCAGAAGUUGAGUUGUACAUUCAGUGUUCACACUUGACCGUUUUAUUUUUAAAAACUGAUCUUUAUUAUUUGCUGAUCUGGAAAUUUACAUGGACCUAAUGAAGAAACCAAGGACAUAUUGAGAACUUGUCUAAAAACCGAACGUCUUAAUCAAAGCAAAUCUUGAGCUGUGGAGCGCAAAGUCACUUCCUUAUUCAACUGUGAGUUGUUGAAGGAAGAUGGCGUUUGUUAAAGAGCUGCUCGUGGAUUCACUGAAGCAGCUGGUAGACGCUGAACUAAAGGAGUUUCACUGGCGCCUAAUGAAUGCACAUAAGCAUAUAUCCAAGUCUGAAAUGGAGAAGGCAGAUAGAUUCGACACAGUAGAUAAGAUGGUGGUGUGUUUUAGAGCAGAAGAAGCUGUGGAGGUCAUGGCAUCCUGAGAAAGAUGAAACAAAAUGAUCUGGCUGAACGGUUGGUGAAAGAACACAAGCAAGCUAAGACUGAGGGCGACGUGAAUAUAUCUGUUGCUACUGGAGAGCUGAAAAGCUUUUUUGAAACUCACAAAAAAAACAUGAAGAAGAAAGCAGAAUGUAUUUUUGAGGGCAAAAAAGAAAAUGAAGCACAACUCAAGGCUGUUUACACAGAACUGUUCAUCACAGAGGGAGAUAUGGAAGAUGUCAAUCACGAACAUGAGAUUCAACAGAUCGAUGGUGCUUUAAAGCGUAGAAAAACACAGGAAAAACCAAUUAAAUGCAAUGAUAUAUUCACUGAACUUAGGAAAAAUAACAAGAAGAAGAUUGUGCUGACCAAGGGAGUCGCUGGGAUUGGAAAAACAGUCUCUGUGCAAAAAUUUAUCCUGGACUGGGCAGAAGGAACAACCAAUCCGGAUAUACACUGUGUUUUCCUGCUUCCAUUCAGAGAGAUCAACAUUAUUAAAGACCGAGAGGUCAAUCUACAUGAGUUUCUGCUGAAAUUUUAUCCUGAAGUGAAGAACCUAGAGAAAUUAAAGCUAUAUGAGGAAUAUAAGCUUGUAUUUGUAUUUGAUGGACUUGAUGAGAGUCAACUGCCAUUGAACUUUAAAAGUGAAACAUUGAACACAUUUGAGGAAAGAGCAUCUGUAAAUGUGGUCUUUACAAGCCUGGUCAAAGGUGAACUGCUUCCAUCAGCUCUUGUCUGGGUGACAUCACGACCAUCAACAGCCAAUCAGAUCCCUCCUCAGUAUGUAGGUUUGUUCACAGAGGUGCGAGGAUUCACUGACCAACAGAAGGAGGAGUACUUCAGAAAGAGAAUCAAAGAUGAGAGUCUGUCCUCCAGAAUUAUCUCACACAUUAAGACAUCUCGUAGUCUCUACAUCAUGUGCCACAUUCCUGUGUUCUGCUGGAUCACAGCCACAGUACUUCAGGAUAUUCUCUCUGAGAACAAUGAAGAGAACAUCAACACAACACUGACUGAAAUGUACAUUCACUUUCUGCUGAUACAGAUGGACAUGAAGAACCAGAAAUAUGAUGAACAAGAUGAAAGAGAACGUACAGAGCACUUACAAUUAAAUAGAGAGAUGAUUGUGAAGUUAGCCAAGCUAGCAUUUGAACAGCUGAAGAAGGAACAGAUUGUGUUCUAUAAGGACGAUCUGAAAGCAUGUGGUAUUGAUGCGAGCACUGAAAUUGAGUUCACAGGAAUGAUCGCUGAGAUCUGCAAAAGGGAAAACAGACUUCCUGGAGCAAAGAUCUUCUGCUUUGUGCAUCUGAGUGUUCAAGAGUUUCUCGCUGCAGUGCAUGUGUUCCUCUGUUACCUGAACAAGAACAUACGAGAGCUUCAGUUCUUUGAUAAUCCAGACAAAAAUCUCACAUUAGAGAAGUUACUGCAGAAAGCCAUUGAAAAAGCCAUGGAGAGUCAUAGAGGACAUCUGGAUCUGUUCCUGCGAUUUCUGUUGGGCAUUUCACUGAAAUCCAGUCAAAUCCUGCUCAAAGGCCUGAUCACACACACUGAAGACACUACAGAGAGCAUCACAAGAAUAAGUGAAUACAUUAAACAAAAACAAAACGAGUAAAAUAUCUCAGAUGAAGCUUUAGUCAACCUGUUCUACUGCUUACUUGAGCUCAAAGAUCAUUCAUUAUACGAGGAAAUCCAGAGGUAUCUCAGUUCAAAUGAACAUCCAGGAAGAAAACUCUCAUCUUCAAUGUGCACAGUCUUGACUUAUGUAUUGCUGAUAUCAGAGAAGGUGCUGGAUGAGUUCAACCCGAAGAGAUACACAUCAAAACGAGCGGAUAUCAAGAGACUCAUUCCAGCUGUGAGAUGCUGCAGAAAAGCUCUAUUUGAUGGCUGUGGUUUUGAUGACAAAUGCUGUGAAAUUCUGUCUUCGGCUCUUCAAUCAUCAAACUCUUAUGUGAGGAAUCUGGACCUGAGUAACAAUGACCUUCAGGAUUCAGGAGUGAAGCUGCUUUCUGAUGGACUGAAGAGUCCACACUGUCAACUGAACAUACUGAGACUUCCCAUCUGUAAUCUCACUGCACCGUCUUGUGGGAGUUUAUCUUCAGUUUUACAAUCCUCAAACUCUGUUCUGAGAGAGCUGGACCUGAGUAACAAUGACCUGCAGGAUUCAGGAGUGAAGCUUCUUUCUGAUGGACUGAAGAGUCUAAACUCAAAGCUGGAGAUUUUAAGAUUUUCCACAUGUAAUCUCACUGCACAGUCUUGUGGGAGUUUGUCUUCAGUUUUACAAUCCUCAAACACUGUCCUGAGAGAGCUGGACCUGAGUAACAAUGAUCUGCAGGAUUCAGGAGUGAAGCUGCUCUCUGAAGGACUGAAGAGUCCAAACUCAAAGCUGGAGAUUUUAAGAUUUUCCACAUGUAAUCUCACUGCACAGUCUUGUGAGAGUUUGUCUUCAGUUUUACAAUCCUCAAACACUGUCCUGAGAGAGCUGGACCUGAGUAACAAUGAUCUGCAGGAUUCAGGAGUGAAGCUGCUCUCUGAAGGACUGAAGAGUCCAAACUCAAAGCUGGAGAUUUUAAGAUUUUCCAUAUGUAAUCUCACUACACAGUCUUGUGAGAGUUUGUCUUCAGUUUUACAAUCCUCAAACUCUGUCCUGAGAGAACUGGACCUGAGUAGCAAUGACCUGCAGGAUUCAGGAGUGAAGCUGCUUUCUGAAGGACUGAAGAGUUUAAACUCCAAGCUGGAGACAAUGAGGUUGUCUGGCUGCAUGGUGACAGAGGAAGGCUGUAAUUAUUUGUCUUCAGCUCUGACUUCAAACCCCUCACACCUGAAAGAGCUGGAUCUGAGCUACAAUCAUCCUGGAGAUUCGAAGCUGCUCUCUGAAAAACUGGAGGAUCCAAACUGCUCACUGAAUAAACUCAACAUUGAUCAUGGAGGAGAAUCCAGGAUUACAACAGGACUGAAGAAAUAUGAGUGUUUUCUCACACUGGAUCCAAACACAGCACACACUAAACUCAGACUGUCUGAGGACAACAGAAGAGUAACAUUUGUGUUUGAGUCUCAGCCAUAUCCUGAUCAUCCAGACAGAUUUAAAAUGUCUCAGGUGUUGUGUGGAGAGAGUGUGUGUGGACGCUGUUACUGGGAGACUGAGUGGAGUGGGUUUGUGGAUAUAUCGGUGUCAUAUAAGAACAUCAGCAGAAGGAGAGGUGAUGAGUGUGUGUUUGGACGUAAUGAUCAGUCCUGGAGUUUGAUCUGCUCUCGCUACAGUUACUCAUUCAUACACAAUAACAGAGAGACUAAUUUCUCUGUGAAGCCCAUCAUCAUCAGCAGAAGACCAGAAGUGUAUGGUAAUGAUAAUAUCUAUAGAACAGGAGUGUAUUUGGAUGAGAGCGCAGGGAUUCUGUCGUUCUACAGCGUCUCUGACACAAUGAGACUCAUCCACACAGUCCAGACCACAUUCACUCAGACACUCUGUCCUGGGUUUUAUCUUUUUUUUGGAUCAUCAGUGAAACUAUGUUGAUGAAUCAGAAGAGACUGAGCAGAGAUUCUACCCAUAAUGCUUUGAGCAUGAUUGAUGAAGAACAUGUAAUCAAUUUCUGUUAUUUUUGUAUAGAAAUACAAAUACUAAAAAAAAAAAGAUAAAUCGACUUGAUAUCAGAUUUUAAUCAAUGUUUGUAUCAUGAAUAUAACUGAUUUUUGACAAGAAUGAAAUGAGCUUCUGGCUUUAUAAAAUAUUAAAUUAUAAAUUAACCUA